AAUUCUACAAAUAAUCACUCACGAAUUUUUGCCUUAUCAAUAAAAAUAGAAAUUAGAAACUCUCCAAAACCCUACUGCUGUUUACCAGCAUCAAAUUCGAAACUAUGUCGUUGCCAUUUUCUUCCCCGAUGUUCUUGCAUUCUGGUGCUUCAUUCUCCGGAUUACGUGGAAAAUCAAAUCCAAAUGGGUUGUGGCAGAGAAACAGCGUGAGGAAGACGAUGUUAGUGGUGAAAGCAGGUCCGAAGAGAAUUGAAUUUGACAAAAAAUGCAGAGAUGCUUUACUUUCGGGGAUUAAUAAGCUUGCCGAUGCUGUUUCUGUGACUUUGGGGCCGAAAGGCCGUAACGUGGUCCUUUCAGAGUCUGAGAAACUCAAAGUGAUUAAUGAUGGUGUAACUAUUGCCCGGGCCAUAGAGCUUCCCGACACAGUUGAGAAUGCUGGAGUGCUGCUAAUCCAAGAGGUUGCAACCAAAACAAAUGGGUCGGCGGGUGAUGGCACGACAACUGCGAUUUUGUUGGCCCGAGAAAUGAUUAGAUAUGGGUUAUUGGCUAUCACAAAUGGGGCUAACCCUGUAUCCUUAAAGAAAGGAAUGGAGAGGACAAUGGAAGAAUUGGUUAAGGUUUUGUGUGAGAAAAGUUAUGCUGUAAGGGGCAGUGAUGAAAUUAAAGCCAUAGCUUCAUUGUCUGCUGGAAAUGAUGAAUAUAUUGGAAACUUAAUUGCUGAAGCUAUUGAGAAAAUUGGCCCUGAUGGUGUAAUAUCAAUUGAAUCGUCUUCAUCAUCUGAAACUUCUGUGACAGUCGAUGAAGGAAUGAAGAUAGAUAAAGGAUACAUGUCGCCGCACUUUGUCACAAAUAAGGAUAAAUCGAUAGUGGAAUUUGAGAAUGCCAGAGUUCUGGUGACCGAUCUAAAGAUAUCCAGCCUGAAGGAGAUUGUUCCGUUACUGGAGAAGUCUACACAAUUGAGUGUCCCUCUACUGAUUUUUGCUGAAGACAUAUCUCGGCAAGUGCUGGAAACUCUAGUCUUGAACAAAAUGCAAGGUGUGCUUAACGUUGCCGUUGUAAAAUGUCCAGGUCUUGGAGAAGGAAAGAAAGCUAUAUUGCAGGAUAUUGCUCUUAUGACUGGAGCUGACUUUAUAUCGGGAGAUUUUGGGGUGGCUCUUGAAACAACAACUUCUGAUCAGCUUGGUAUUGCUCGAAAAGUAACAAUUACUUGCAAUUUCACCACUAUAGUGGCGGAUCCUUCCACUAAAGCUGAAAUUAAGGCCAGGAUAAUGCAGAUAAAAAAGGAUCUAGCUGAAACUGAUAGCAAAUAUCUAGCAGAAAAGCUAAGUGGGCGGAUUGCAAAGCUUUGUGGUGGGGUGGCUGUUAUAAAGGUUGGGGCUCAUACGGAAGUUGAACUUGAAGAUCGAAAACUACGAAUAGAAGAUGCAAAAAAUGCCACAUUUGCGGCCAUGGCUGAAGGAGUGGUUCCUGGUGGCGGAGCCACAUACAUACAUCUCUCAAAGCAAAUACCUGCCAUCAAGGAUGCCUUUGAAGACCCAGAUGAGCAGAUUGGUGCAGACAUUGUUGGAAAGGCACUUCUUGCACCAGCAAAAGUAAUUGCAGCAAAUGCAGGGGUUGAUGGAGAUGUGGUUCUGGAAAAAAUCAGAGCUUUUGAUUCGAAUUUCGGGUAUAAUGCAAUGACUGGGAGAUACGAAGAUCUAAUUGCUGCUGGUGUCAUCGACCCUUGCCGGGUUUCAAGAUGUGCGCUUCAAAAUGCCGUCUCUGUUGCUGGUAUGAUCCUCACCACUCAAGCCAUACUGGUUGAGAAAAUCAAGAAGCCCAAGCCGCUUGUUCCCCAGAUUCCCGGUAUAUCCCCCUGACGGAAGAUCAAGGUCGUAAGAAAUCACGGUACACUAGAAAAUCGAAGAUCAGCCAAACUGAUUAGAUUAUUCACCAUUCUUUGAGACAAAUGCCCUAAUCGAAGAUCAGCCAAACUGAUUAGAUUAUUCACCAUUCUUUGAGACAAAUGCCCUUCCUUUAGUGUCAACGAGAGGAGAUCGUACAAUGUUGGAUGGUUGAAAUACGAGCGUUCCAUAUCAGAAGCCUAACAAGGUCAGGUCAGGUCAGCUACUGGUAAGAAAUUAGCUCUUUUCCAGUUAAAGAUGAUACGUAUAAUAUAUGGCUUGUCCUUGUUGAAAGUAUUGAAGAUGCUUCUUUGAGUGCCACUGAUGAUGAAAUGUUGAUCAUUGGGCCACGUUGGCGAUUCAUAGCCAACGUGGCACUCGAGAAACCUGGGCAGUGUCUAGGAUUUGAAUCUGUGAGACUCUAGGAAUGCAAUUUUUGUUUCAUUAGAUUAUUAGUACCAAAUUGCAAUGUGACAAGAAGAAAGUGACUCUUCCCCACUUUCUAAGAAUUUAAAUAUUAUCAUAUGCUAACCAACUCCAUACAAAUUAUGAUGAUGAAACUGUGGGCUUUUCUGGGUCAGGUAGAACAACCAUCUACAUAACAACUUAUAUUUAGUAUACUUUUGCCAUUGCAUUCUUUUUCCUUGUUGAAUAAAGUCAUUACUUUUUGUCCA